UUGUUAUUAUUAUGGCUUUUCUGUUCAUUUUCCUGGGAAUUGUGAAAAUGUUGUCUUUUUCCCACAAUGUGGAGUGUCAAUGUUUGGUAUUCUGUAUGUGCAAUAUUUGUUAAUAAUCUAGAAACCAUCUCAAACUAGUUUUAAGAUUUGAUUCGUUUCAUUCGACAGAAUCACUGAACUUUGUGGCAUAAAAAUGUAAGAAUGAACACAAAGGUUCUUUCUUUUGCUCAGAGGGCUGUCACUUUUUUCUUUCAUUGCGUCACAAAACAGGUUUAGUUUCACUUUCGUCAUUUCUUUUUCAAACGAGGGAGAAGCUUUUAGUGAAGGUUUUUCUGUUUGGCUUUGUUUUUAAAUGUUUCUUUGAGACAAAAUUUAGUGUUUGUUUGUUGUUUUUUUACUGGUUGUUCUGUAAUUCCGUUAAUAUUUGUUCAAAUUAUAUGUAUAUUUUUUUUCUUCAAAGAAAAAAUGGUGUUGACGCCCUUCUUCUUGGGAAUUUUGUGUUUAGUCUGGUUUACUACGGACGUUCACUCGGAGAAGGUAAUUGACAGGUUAAAGGGCUCCAGCGUUGUCCUCAGUCCAGAUGAUGCAGAAACGCCGAUCACCAGUAUAACAUGGAUACACAGCAGUCAUUUAGCUGCACACUGGUUUGGAGGGAAUCCAAUUUUCUACCGCAGCUGUGAAGAUCGCUGCAGCUUAAACACUAACUUGGGGAAUCUAACAAUCAAUGAUGUCAGACCAGAGCACAGCGGCAUGUACACGCCAGUGAUUAACGGAAAAACCCUAUCUACUGUGAAACUACGAGUUUUCUCUCCAGUGCCCAACAUUACUAUAGAAUGUAAUCUUGAGCAAACCAACUGUACCCUCACCUGUAGCUUUGACAUAAUUGAUGAUCUGGGAGAUGUGGAGGUUUUCUGGAUUCUAGAUGACAGACGUGAAAAAGGCACAGAGCUACAGAUCACUAAGGAGACAAAGGAGGAGACGUUUAUGUGCAGCCUGAAAAAUCCUGUCAGCUCUCAGAACAGCAUCAAACUCCAGAACCCUCUCCUUCCUAGAGAAACAUGUGUCCCUGUAUGGAUUCCUGUAGUCGUGACAGCUGUUACACUUGUUGCUGUUUCUUGUUGCUGUUGUUGUUGGAUGAUUUGCAGAAACUACCCUGAAACCAACAGAGAAGCUGAGGAUCAGAACACAGAUCCACCUGAAGAGGCUAAUCAUCAAACUGAUUCUGGAUCAGCUGAGAAUGAUCUACCAGAAGCAGAGAGACCUGAAGCCUCCUCAGGUUCUCCUGAUGGAACCGUCUCCACCUCUGAGCUGUCUUAACAACUGAUACCUCCAGGAAUAGUUUCUGUGAUGUUCUGGAACAAUAAUGGAGAGUUUUGCUCUGAUCUAAAGUUAUUUGUAAUAAUUUUGUUACUGUUUUUUGUAUUUGUACGCAGCGUUGUGACCAUCAGUGAUGUUUCUGUUUGGUCUUCCUGUUUGUUCUUCAGCAGAUGAAGAAAAAUGAAUUGAGGUUGAUAAAUAACUGUGAAACUUUAGGAAGGAUUUCAUAGAAAAGAACUGAUUUGCCAAUUUUUUUAUUCUUCUGUCAAGAUCCUGUAUCAAUGGUGAUUUAUUCAUUUUAUUUUCUUGGUCACUAGAUGUCACUGUUGUCAUGUUUGAUGAGGAGUGACACAUGCGUGGGUUUUUUCUUUCUUUCCAUCAAAACAUUGACUUUACCUUCUGUGUAGGACCAAUGCAGAAAUGACAUUUGCUUAUUGCUUUUUAUUAUUUAUCUCUAGCCGUGUAAAGUUUGAUCAGUGACAUCUUGUUUUUUUUUUAAUACAUGUGAACUUUUGCUUUGUUUUAAACCUUCAUCCAACUCGUUCAUGACAUGAUGACAUGAUGACAUGAUGACAUGAUGAGUGCUGUUUUAAGUUUCACUAGUUACCAUAAUUUCAAUUUACCCGACUUUAAAAAACAGUUCAUUUGUAUGUGUCCCAUAAUCCACACCAUCAACUUUUCCAACAGCUUUUGUUUGUAAGAUGUACAAUGACUGCGAAUUUAUUUUAAUUUUAUUAUGUAUAUAUUAGUAAAGGUGCUUUGUGAGAGUAUGACGUGUUUUUCCCCAACACCUCUUUACUUUUAACAAGUUUAACUCUCACCUACUCUAUUUGUGGCUUCCAGCUUAUUUUGCCGUCCAUAAUUACUAAGUGAAAAUUAAUUUCAGCCACUCUUUCCAAAACAUGAUUAUCAAUAACUUUUAUUUCUAUAUCUGCAGAAAUGUGGCAAUUUCCAAAAAUCAUGAAUUUUGUUUUGUCAACAUCGAGUGAGAGUUUAUUCAAGUUAAGCCAUUGUUUUAUUUUCUCUUAUUCUGUUUUUACUAUGUUACAACUUCCUUGAACCUGUACAUACCAUGCUUGUGUCAUCAGCAUAUAUAAUGUAUUUGAGUGUAUUUUACACCAUGUGUAUGUCAUGAAUGGAUAGGAUGAACAGUGUUGGACCUAAUAUUGACCCUUGUUUUUUCUAUUUGAGAAGUGCUUUAUUUUUAAAGAGGAUUUCAAUUUAAUUUCUUUGGGAGGGAAUUACAACCUUCAGUGUCAUUGCUGUUGACAGCAAUGGCCUUCUUUAUUUAGGAACGCCAUGACUUGUUGUUCCACUGGAUCUUGCUCUGUUUGUUUUUCUGUUUCCUUACCAUCAUCUGCUGGUUUAACUGCCCUAGCAAAGGAAGAUGGUUUGAUUUCAACCCCACUAAUGCAUCAUUUAUGCCGGAAUACUGUUCAAGAUCUGAUACAUGACAUUCGAAUUGAGAAAUCUGCAUAUCUUUUUCUGCAUUUAGUUUUAUUUUCUCCUUCAACUAAGUCAUCAAGUAGCUGCUGUUUUUUGGAGACGUUGGCAAUUUCUCUAGUUCUUCCGUCAUUCUGCUACUUUGCUCGCCGUUUUUGGUCAUUUUAACUAUUACCGAGGUCCGCUGGUGCUGUUUGCUGCUGCAGGAUGACGACCUGGGUUUGAUGGUUAGCUGCACUCGGCCAGAUGACGCCACCCUAACAGGCUUAGAUGUCGAUGCUCGCCGUGCAGGAGGCCGCCGCUCCCUGUAGUUUGGUGGUGUUUUGUUUUUUGUGUGCUGAUUUGAUCUGGGGGUGGAAAUCAUUCAAUUUACCCUAAUCCCAAAGUGUCCAGAGUUGUAGAAAAAAACUAUAAUUAAAGCUAAAGAUUGGAAAAAAAUCCUAAUCAUAAGGGUCACCAGUUAAAAAGAAAUCUGUUUAAAAAGUUAUAAGUCCUAAAGUGCAAAGAUUAAUUUCUCCUUCAUGGUCAGUUUUCUAAACAGUUGUUGCUUCUAUUAAUUAAAGAGGUCGUCAUCGUUACAGCCAAAUCAAAGUCCCUGAUUGGUCAAAGCUCGACUGGUUUAACUUUCAAUGUGUGUUUUAUAUGCACAGCCAGGAAAUGGACUUCAAAAUGUACACAGUGAUGCAUGAACACUAAGGUGUUGAAUGCAGAAGCUCAAAACAUGCAUUUACGUUUAUGUAGUUUUUCAUUGGAAGCAGACGUGAGAACAAACGUUUCUGACCCUGGUGUGAACGUAGCAUCAGUGUUUGCUGCUUCGUCGUCAGAAGUUUCCUCCUCAGCCUCUGCUCCUUUGGUGCUAACAUGUUUGUGUCAGGAACUGGAAUCAAUAAAGAAGGAACACAAAACCAUAUUAUUCUGGAUUAAAUGUUUAGUUUUUUUUCCAAUAUAACCACAGUUAAACACUUGAACUGUUAUUCUCAGAAACACUAAAGUCUGCUUGUGUUUUCUGUUACUUUCUCUACUCCAACAUUCUUCAAAGGUCUAACAGGCAUUUAGGAGGUGGAGGUGGAACUAACACAGUAAUAAACAUCAAAUGAACCCAA